AUGGCGAUGAACCCUCAACCCAAUGGCCCUGGGCCGGCCCAAUCGAAAGAACAGUACAAAAACUCCAUGGACGAAUGGCGCCAAGCUGUAAUCUCCCAGCGCAAUCAAUAUGUACCCCGCGUAAAAGAGCAGGUCACUCGAUCGUUUCACGACUACUCUCCUCCACUGUACGCCUCAAUCAUCGGAUAUCGUCGCGAUUGGAACCUCCUGGUUGCAACUUCGCGAGUCUCUGGCUUUGCUGCUACACUCGGCCGAGAUCUUGAGGACGAAGAAGUAAAGACUAUCGCCGAAUACACCCUCGACAACAUCCAUACCAACGCCAGUUUGAAAUGGUUCAGCAUUGCACUCGCUGGAUACAUGACCUAUCGUGGACGCCGCACAUGGCAAUUCCCCUUUUAUAAGCCUAAGCUUGGUGGCAGAUUCAACCCCAAUGAGGCUACCAGCAUAUUCACCAACAAGAAGAUCAAGGGCCCCUAUCCUCGGUUUACAUGGCACACGCUGCGGUUCACUGCCUACGUUGGCGUCACGAUGCUCAUGGUUGAGCCCGCCUUUCGAGCUGUCAAUUUUAUCAGGUCUGAAACUGCCAUGUCCCACGACCCAAGGUUAAAACAGUUCACCAAAGAUGCAAACCAGCGUAUUGAGCAGGUCAUGUCAAAUCCUAGCAUUUCAAAGACUGCUUUCACAGGCAAAGACCCCCAUCGAGGUGGAGAGGAGGAUCCUUGGGCCAGUGACGAUUCAAACAACGCCAGCUCGGAAAGCAAGUAUCAGUCAUAUCAGUCAUAUCAAUCUGCUCCCAUGCAAUCCUGGGACAAGGCCCAUGCCUCCAGCACUACGCAACAGAAUCAGCAGCCACACAAUGAUGAUUGGAGUGUCAUAGACGAUGAUGAUGAUGCAUCGCCCGUCGCUGCAACUUCUCGUAGACAGCCAGUCUCUGCUCCUUCAGGCUCUGCAUGGGACCGCGUUCGACAACAGUCCUCACAGGGUGGUCCUCGACAGCAGCAGCAAUCUGAUCACCAGUCUCGGUCUUGGGCAGCCCGUUCUCAAACUGAAUCACAGCCGCAGUCGCAGUCUGGUUGGGGCAGUCAGGAUGCUGGUAGCUCCGCUGACAGCUUUUCCUUUAGUAAAUCGGACGAGGAAAGGGCCGUUGCCAAGGAACAAGCACAGAAUGAAUUUGAUCGGCUGCUCGAAAGAGAAAGAGGUGGUGUAGACCAAAAGAACCCUUGGGGACGACAGUCGUAUAUUGUAUAA